UGAAACUUCGACGUUUCAACUCGUUUUUCUUAUUAUUGAAUCUCAUAAUGGCAAUAUUACUUAUGACCAGUUAAACGUAGUUAAUUUGAGCUGCGUUGUUAAAAUUAUUCACGCUAUUUUAUCUGUUGUAUUUGGAACGCAUUGCUAAUUUCAGUAACUUUCUAAUAGAUAAAAAAAUUGGUGAACUCUUUUGUUGUAGCGUAUGCAUAGCCAUUGAGCGCCGUGACACGGUUUACAUUUCUGUUGUGCGCGCAUCAUUUGAGACUCUCGACCAGCAGUAAGGCGGGAAGAUGGACGUCUUCGUAAAAAGUUUGUUGGAAGAUUGGAAUCUAAGCGAAUUUGCCUCAAAUUUUGAAAAUGAAGGUAUCGAUGAAUACAGUUUCCCGCUGCUUGAUGAAGAAACGAUCCGAUUGUUGAUUCCAAAAGCAGGGCCUCGAUUAAAAUUUCUAAAACUUUUCAGAACAACUCAUACUGCAGAAAAUAAGCCAGAUGAAAUUGGCAGUGAAAAAUGUGACUCGAAAACAGAAGAGAAAAGUAAGGGAGCGCAAGAAGACGGAAACUUAGUCAAAAGUUCUGAAGCAGAAGAAGUUAAAAACUUAGGGAAAACUACUUCAACAGAGGAACUUAUUUUAAAGAAAAUUAGAAUAAAAGAACUGCUCGAAAGAAAAUUACCGGAAAUUUAUUUGAAGCUGGUAGCCGGAGUACCUGGUAGCAUAAACAUAACUGCCAAGUACAAAAUAAAUCGAGCUGUGGUGGAUGCCUAUAUCUCAAAUUUCGAUAGUCAACCUACAACACAAACGAAACUACUGCUGGCAAAAAAGAUCGUCGAAUGCUUUCCUGUCUUGAAAGGGUUAGAUGGGGAAGGGCAUGAACAAUGGUUUACUGCUGGUUCUGAUGGCUCGCCUGCAAGAGGCUUCAUAGCCGAGCGGUUCAGAAAUUUCAGGCUGAGAAAUUUAUCGACUACAGAAAGGAGAGAAUUAGGAAUACCUAAAAAAAAGAGAGAGACUCCAGAUGUACGUAAAAGAUUUUCGGAAGACAGCUCGUUGACAUUCCUACAAAGGCAACAAUGGCUCAAAGAAAAUUCUGAGCCAAAAGAGGAGGUGAUAUUGCUUAUGGGCCAGACUUUUGAAGGACGACGUUUCCAAAUAUUAGAGAAUGCAGGAAAUGUGUUUGAAUCGUGGCCUAGACUUUUGAACCAACAUAUUAUCGAUGCAGAAUUUAACCUGCUCUACGAAAACAAAGGAAACUCGUUCUGUGCUGACUUCGGACUUCUAGCUACAUCUCUAAUUCUGCAAGCGAAACACUGCGGAAGGCUUGCUGCAGAACAGUUUGCGAAUGGUCUACAGUUAAAUUUUGCUACAAUAGAACCUUCCAACGAAAAAACUUGUGCAGCAUUGCUGCUGCUUCCACUGAUGUUGCCAGAAGGAGGCUUUAAAAAGAAAGGAACUAAGACGAGAAAGAUAAAACCUACGGGCGCUCAGUCGCAGGAUAAUUUUAUACAGUUUCUCCCUGCAGGAGAAGGAUUGGAGAAAUUUAUGAGCGAAGACAGGCUCUUAGGAGGAGAACGCACUCAACCAUUUGUAGUAAUAAAAGGAGAAGACAAGCUCAACCCUACCCAAUCUUACGUGGUAAUUGAAAAACAUAUUUUGGAAACUUCAUCUGUAUUAAAAGCUGUAGACAUAUGUUUUAAAUGUUUUUUUGUUUUUAAUUUAGAGUUUUCGCCAUACUGUAGUAAUACAUGGCGAUUUCUAAACUUCUGUUUUUAUAAAUGUACUGACGAAAAAUUAAUACCCUCCUGUGUUAGAGAACUUCGUGAAAAAUUGUUUUGUAAUGUGCAAUUGUAAUUUUUUAGAAAUCUGACUUUGACUAAGUGUGAUGGUACUUAUAUAAUAUUUUAAUUUUAACGGAAGUUUUAUCAUUUCUGGAGGGAAGAGACGUAAUUUUGCUGAGAGGAUACUUAUGUGUUCUUAAUUUUGAUAUAUUUGGUUUUUUUUUUCUUUUUCAAAAUUUGCAAUCAUGCUUUGUGCAGUUUGCAACAAAAAAUUUAUAAGUUACAAUGAACUUUGUCUUCACAUUAGAAAUUUCCAUCAUGAAGCACCUUAUGUGUGCUAUAAAAAAAAUUGCAAGCAAGCGUUUAUGAAGCUGUACAAUUAUAGCAGACAUUUAAAAAGGUUUCACAACCAGGACAAUGGCGAAA